UAUACAGCAAACAUGUAAACAUUAAUAGCGAAAGCAGCAGCAAAACAAACGAACGUGUAUAUACAGGGAAAAAGUGAUAAAUGUAUAAAUGAAAUUUUUAGUGUGAUAAUUAGAAAUUGCAACGUUCGCGUUUUCACCAACACAAUUUGUCAACAGCAAUGGCGAAAACAGCUGCGGAACGUGCGAAAGCGUACAGAGCAAGAAAACGUGCAAUGAAACCACCGAGAAGGCAGGCGAAGAGUGGAAAGCAGCGAAGCCAAGAAUACAGGGAGAGGAAAAAAUUAUUGAAGACAAACCCGAACGAAAAUACUGACAUAAACGGAGUUGCCGAACUACCAGCUGAUGAGGAGGCAACAAGCAAUUGGUCAACUAGUAAACAGAGUAAAACAUCGACACAACGUAUGAGGGAAUACAGAGAGCGAAAGCGUGCUAGCAGGCCACCGAAAAAAGCAGCCAAAACUAAUACGGAAAGGAGUCAAGUAUAUAGAGCAAAGAAAAGACUAUCGAGCCCUGACAUUCGUAGCAUUGCUGCGAUGUAUGUUGUUGCGGAAUUGACAACCGACCAGGAAACCACGAACGAUAACGCUAGCGACUUUGAAUGUGCAUCGAAGAGCUAGGGAGAUUUAGUUGUAAAUACCCCUAAAUCGAGUUGCAUUUCAAAUUUCAAGUUUAUAACACUCCUAGUGAAGCCUCAGUCUUGAUGGACGUAGUUCUAUAGUCAUUACUUUCUUUUUGUAUAUUUAAUUUUUGUUUUAGAUUAAUAAAGCAUCCAGAAUAUUUUUUUCUGUACUAUAAGAA